AUGGACAGUACCGAGACGAUCCAGGUGCUCGGCGCCGUCGCUGCGGUCGCCCUCGCGCUCGGCUACUCGCUGCGCCCGCGGGCGCCAACUGCGCGCUUUGGCGACGCCUGCGUCACGAUCAUGCAGCACGAAGCCAACUCGUUCCACGUCAUGGCGCUGCCGCCGACGCGAACAAUCACCGUCUAUCCGCAUCUCGACGUUCCGGCCCUCGCCGCGCGCACGGCGGCCAUUGUCGCGGCCAACCCGUGGCUCGUCGGGCGCAUGGUCUCCGCAGUCGACACGAUGGUCGAGCUCCAGUACGCCGCGUCGCCGAACAACGCCGCGGCAGCGUUCUCCGAGGUGACGUGCUCGUUGCCGGCCGACGCACCGAGUGACGACGUCACGCAUUGGCUCACGACAAACAUUGCGCCGACGAUGAUUGGUCGCGUCUGCCUCGACGAUCCGCGUGCGCGCCUCUUCCAAGUUGUCGCGGUGCACUUUGCGAAUGGCACCAUUGGUGUCGCCGUCGCGCUUUGCCACUCGAUCGGGGACGGCGACACGUUUUACACGCUCUACCAGAUGCUGGAUGUCAAUGAAAAGGUGUGUGCGCUGACGCCGACCCGUGCGUUUUACAACGGGACGCCGGUCUUUCGCCACUGGGCACCGUACACGACGCGGUCGGCGUUCAUGGGCCUCCGCGUCCUCAUCAAUGCGCUGCUGUACAGCUACCGCAAGCUCCUCAAGACGCCACCGCACGUCACACAGUACCGUGUCAACCUGGACGCGAUCGCGGCCGUCAAGAAGGCGUACUCACCGACGCCAACCGCGCCCUUUCUCUCGACCAACGACAUUCUCACCAGUGCUUUCUUCAGCAUGACGCAUACGUCGCUCGGGCUCAUGUCGAUCAACCUCCGCGAUCGACUCGGUCUCUCGUCGAGAGAUGCUGGCAACUACAUCAUCGCCUUCACGUACACGGCCAGUGAGUACGCGUCACCCGCUUGUAUUCGCGCGUCCAACAUCGACAAGCAUGCCCCUCAGCGCAAAAACGCGCCAACGACCGACGACGAUAUUCCAGGUGCAUUGGCUGGCCUUUUUGGCGGGAAAAUCUCGGUGAUCACGAAUUGGUGCUCGUUCUACCAUAAUUUGGUGCUGGCGGACGGCUCUCUUGCCGUUUGA